CUCUUGGGGGGUCUUUAAGUACUUGGCGAGGAAGGGAAGCCAGGGCGCAGGCGCACUAGGAAGAGGCGAGGGAAGGAGCGCGCGCAUGUUGGCUGCCGGGGCGCGUGCCCAAAGGCGGGGAGUCCCCGGAUCUCAAAGCCCCGCCCCUUUUUGCUCCCCAUCAGUAGCCAGCAAUAGCGGCAGAAGGAAGGCAGCUCCUUGCAAGAGGCCUGGGAUGGAUGAUGAUAAGGACAGCAUGGGAGACGAGAAGCUGAAGGGGACCCCUCUCUCUGCUGCACCAGCUAUUGCUAAAGAUGAAGAGAAGAAGCUAGAGGCAGACACACAACCUGUGAAAGAUGAAAACAUCACCUGGGGAUCUUCAAGGAGAAAACGGCUGAAGUUCAGAGUAAGGAAAGAAGUAGAAGUUGUACAAGACCCCAAGUCAGAGCUUUCAUCCUUCAAGAAAGGCUUACCAAUUAUAGAGGACAGUAGGGAAGAAAAUCUGGUUAUUAGAAGAGUGAAGAAGGAAAAAAAUGAAGAAGGAGAUCUGGCAUUUCAGGUGAAAGUCCGGAGAGUUUCUACAGAUGGGGAUUCGGGCUCACAACCCGAGGAAGAGAUGAAAAGGGAGUCGGUGGAACAGAAGGCUCAAGGGCUGGAGGUGCAAAAAGUCAUAAUCCCACCCCUGCCUUCCUCGUCCCACCCCAACACCUGUGGUGUGUGCGGUAAGAGUUUUAGCCGCCGCUCCAACCUGGCCAAGCACCAAAUCAUCCACACAGGCGAGAAGCCUUACCGCUGCAAUGACUGUGGCCGUAGUUUUAACCAGAGUUCUGCCCUCACCAAGCAUCAGAGGACACACACCGGAGAGCGGCCCUAUGUCUGUGGGGACUGCGGGAAGGCCUUCACUGCCAGCUCCAACCUCCUCCAGCACCGGCGCUUCCACACUGGCGAACGGCCCUACCGCUGUGAGCUGUGUGGCAAAGCCUUCUCCCAGAGCUCCAACUACAACUUGCACCGCCGGGGCCACACAGGCGUCACGCCUUACCAGUGCGGGGUGUGUGGCAAGCGCUUCACGGGCAGCUCCUGCCUCACCCGCCACCAGAGGACCCACACUGGGGAGAAGCCGUACCAGUGCCAGGAGUGCGGCAAGUGCUUUUCUGGGAGCUCCACUCUCGCCAACCACCGCCGCACCCAUACUGGUGAGAAGCCUUAUGGCUGUGCGGAAUGUGGCAAGCGAUUCACGCACCACUCCAACUUAGUGGACCACUGGCGGGUUCACACCGGCGAAAAGCCUUACGUGUGCAGUGAGUGUGGGAAAAGCUUUCGCAACAGCUCUCACCUCAUCCGGCACCGUCGGGUCCACACUGGCGAGAAACCCUACAAAUGCUCCCACUGUGACAAAAGCUAUCGCCAGGACUCCCACCUGGUCCAGCAUAUGCGCUCCCACACGGGUGAGAAGCCGUACCGCUGCACCCAUUGCGGGAAGGGCUUCUCCCAGAGCUCGAACCUCAUCAUCCACCAGCGGACUCACACGGGCGAGCGCCCCUUCACUUGUCCAGAGUGCGGUCGGAGCUUCAGCCACAGCUCUGACUUAAUUCAGCACAAGCGGAUCCACACCGGAGAGAAGCCUUACGUUUGCUCCAUCUGUGGCAAGUGCUUUUCCCAAAGCUCCAAGGUCACCCAGCACAAGCGCUUCCACUCGGGGGAACGGCCCUUUUCCUGUGGAGAGUGCAACAAGACUUUCCGCCUCCGCGCCGACCUGGUCCGCCACCUUCGUGCCCACACUGGCGAGCGGCCCUUUGGCUGCCCUGAGUGCGGGAAGCACUUUGCUGAGAGCUCCCACCUGAUCCGGCACCAGAGGAUCCACAUGAGUGAGAGACCCUUCCGCUGCCCGGACUGUGGCAAAGGCUUCAACCAGAGCUCCAACCUCCAGCAGCACCAGCGGGUGCACGGAGGGCAGAAGCCCUUCAAGUGUGACAAAUGCGGGAAAGGUUUUGGCGUCAGCUCGGCACUGCUGCAACACCAGCGCACCCACACUGGUGAGCGGCCUUACUGCUGCAAUCAGUGUGGGAAGAGCUUCAGCGUCAGUUCCACUUAUCACAUACACCAGCGUAUGCAUGCUGGCCAAAAGCCCUAUUCGUGCGCCGAUUGUGGGAAAAGCUUCGUGCGCAGCUCUGCCCUCAUUCAGCACCAAGCCACCCACACUGGUGAAAAGCCCUUCCGAUGCUCUUACUGCGGCAGGGGCUUUGGACAGAAAUCGGCGCUCUCUCAGCACCGACGGGCCCACGUUCGAAGAGGAGAGACAAUGGCUUUGGUGGAGGGGUGGGACGGUACCGGCAUGGAAAGCAUCGGGGACCAGGGGAUGGGAGAAGUGGACAGCCUGUGGCAAGGCAAUGGCCUGGGGAUCAUGGAGCAAGAUUGGCACACCGAUGGGGAUGAAAGCAUCAGGCAGGACUGGGAGGAUGAUGGGGAUGAUGCUGUCAGGCCAGAAUGGCAGGAUGAUGGGGAUGAGAUUGGAGGGCAGCGAUUGCAGGAUGACACUAGGGGGACUAUGAGACAAGAAUGGGAAGAGGGCACAGAUGAAAAGGUGAGGGCACACUGGGAGGAUGCGGAGGACGAAGGUGCACAGAAGGGUUCUCAGGAAGACGGUACGGAUAGCAUGAAGAUGGAGUGUCAUGCGGCCGAUGGGGAUGGAAAGCUGGAGAAGGGUGAUGAAGGUAUGAGGCUGGAGUGCCAAGAUGACAACGACAACGAAGAUGAACACAAGCAGGAAUGUGGCGAUCAAAGCAGGAUGAAGGGGAAAUGCCUGGAAGGGAGCAUGGGAUAUGACACAGAAGGGAUGAUACGGGCAGAGUGGGAGACGGCCAUGGGGGAUAAUUUCAGGCAAAAGGAAACGAGUGGGACAGAAAUGGCCGGAGAGUGAAGGCGAUGGUGACAGGCAAAGUUGGCUGGGAAAUGGAGAUGAGCCUGGAGGAGGAGACUGGAUUGGCACGGCAAAGAUCUUGUGGAGUUCAAGUGAACCUCUGUGUUGUAAUGGAAAGGAGGAUGGGAAGGGGAUGCCCCGGGAAUCACUGGCAGCCAAAACCAGGAAACCAUUCAUUCAAGAUGCAGUGGCUAGAAACAGCUCAAUUGUUACUGAUGCAAAGUAGUCUUGGCCUUCUGCAACACAUAUAGCUGUGUUUGCAGGAUAUUGUCAGGGCUGCUGCUUUUCCUCACCCCAAUACUUGCAUGUCUGGGUUGGGAAGUGCUGAAUGGUUGCUAAAUGGUUUGCAGGUCUCUGUAUUGUCCCGUCUUGUGCCAUUUGCUGAUCAAACUAAUUCUAAAUUGGAUGGCCUUUGUCCAGACUGUUUUUAACGUUUACCAUACAUAUGUCUAUGGUGUGCCAUAUUCUUGUUAAACUAUCAAGCUCCUCCUCUGAGGUAGGUUCCCUGACAUCAAUAUGUGGUUGCCAGAGUUUGGUCUGAAAGCUUUGAAAUCAUUGGCAAAAAUGGUGCUUUGUGAACAAACCCUAUUAACAUAUUUUAUUUUUACACUUAUUUAGGAGCCCAGAUGAAUCUGGGGACAUGUGUAAAAUGCCAGUAUUUAACUAGAAGAGCUUUUUGAACUUUUAUUGCAUGCACCAGAUCCUUGACCCUCCACCACCAACUGUAGUUAUUUUUGUAACAUUUGGAUUUCCUGCAUUUAUCUACAUCUCCUUCUUAUGAAGUAAUAAAAGCUCUUUUUGAUUCCA